AUGAUUAAUAAAGGCUUAAUAUCAAAUAAUAAUAAUCAUCAACAAUAUGAGUUGAUAAUAGUAGGUGCUGGUAUUGUUGGUUGUUCUGCUGCUGUGGCUUUUGAAAGAGAUAUGAAAGAGCCUGAUCGUAUGGUUGGUGAAUUCCUUCAACCUGGUGGUUUUGCAGCUUUAGAAAAACUUGGGUUAAAAGAUUGCCUGGAGAAUAUUGAUGCAAUACCUUGUCAUGGAUUUAAAAUUUUUUAUCAAGGUGAUAAUGUUCAUUUGCCAUUUCCAAUUCUUGACAAUGGAAAACAGGCUAAAGGCAGAUCAUUUCAUCAUGGUCGUUUAAUAAUGAAUCUUAGAAAAGCUGCUUCUGAGACAUCAAACGUUACAAUUUUUGAGGGAACAGCAAUUGAAUUAAUUCAAUGUCCAAUGACUGAUCAUGUGUUAGGUGUUAUAUGCACUCAGAAAGUUCAAAACAGUGAUGAUAAUAAUAUUAUUAAACAAUUUUUUGCACCACUUACAAUUGUUGCUGAUGGAUGUUUUUCUAAAUUUCGUAAAGAUUUUGUUCCAAGAAAACCCAUGGUGAAAUCUAAUUUUGUCGGAUUAAUAAUGAAAGAUGCAGAACUUCCAUUUCCGGCAAUUUUAUUCGGAAAUACAGCACUGAUUAUAAUGUACCAAAUUGGAACUCGUGAUACACGUGUUUUAAUUGAUAUUCCUGGAAAGUUACCAAGUAAUGGUUCAGCUCUUCAAAAUGAACGUCUUCGUUCAAUGCCAAAUAGUUUUUUACCACCAUCUGCCAAUAUCAAUGGUGGUUUAAUAAUGUUAGGUGAUGCAAUGAAUAUGAGACAUCCAUUAACAGGAGGUGGUAUGACUGUGGGUUUUAAUGAUGUUGUCUUAUUAUCAAAACUAUUAUCACCAACUAUUGUUCCUGAUUUCAAUGACAUUGGUCUAGUUUUGGCUCAAAUGCAAGCAUUUCAUUUGAAAAGAAAAUUUCAUUGUAAUGAAGGUCUUCGUAUAUUAGCUGAAGCUUGUUUUAAUUAUUUUCUCUUGGGUGGUAUUUGUGUUGAAGGACCUUGUAGUCUAAUAGCUGGAUUAACACCAAAUCCUUUGGUUAUGAUUUUUCAUCUUGUUGCUAUUGUAAUAUAUGGAACUUGGAGAAUAAUUUCUAAUGGUCAUAUAAUGCAGUUUCCACAAAAUAUCAUUAAAAGUAUAAUGGUAUUAUAUACAGCUUGUAUACUGGUUAUUCCUAUUUUAUAUAGUGAAAUUAGAUUUUAA